UCAAAAGCGUAGUGAUAAAUAAUAUUAUUUAAAUUUAAUAUUAUUAUGGGUGACGAUAAAUCAAAUUCCAGUAAAAAAUGUGAUACAAAUAAGUGCAAUGUUUUAAUAAUUGGCGGCGGCAUGGCCGGUCUGGCUGCCGCCAAUGAACUAAUAAAAAAUGGUAUGGACGACUUUAGAAUAUUGGAAGCAAGGAAACGAGUCGGUGGUAGAAUUAUUUCUAUUCCGCUGAAAAAUCACGAAGUGGAGUUAGGGGCCAACUGGAUUCAUGGAGUUCUCGGUAACCCGAUAUUCGAUAUAGCUAUGGCUAAUGGUCUAGUAAAUAUAAUUAAUAUACCUAAGCCACACAAAGUAAUAGCAGCUACUGAGGACGGCAAACAAGUUCCGUUUGGUGUGCUGCACGAGAUCCAUGAGGCGUACGUCGUUUUUCUGAGGCGCUGUGAAGAGUACUUCCUGUGCCAAUAUCUGCCCCCACCAGAUAUACAUAGCGUAGGAGAGCACAUUAACCUGGAAGCCACCAUAUACUUGGAGCGUCUUCCUGACUCUGAAGAAAAAAAACUCCGCCGGCUUAUAUUUGACUGCUUGUUAAAAAGGGAAACAUGUAUAUCAGGUUGCAACAGUAUGGAUGAAAUAGAUCUUUUAGAAUUAGGCAGCUACACAGAACUUCAAGGAGGCAACAUCAUGAUCCCUAAAGGGUACAGCUCUAUAUUACAACCUAUGUUGAAAAAUAUUCUGCCUGAAAAAAUAAUAUCCAACCACCCUGUUAACAAAAUAGUCUGGGAUUCCAACGAGCACAGUAUGGGGCCCGAAGACUUGGGAGAGGAGUCAGAAGACUCUGACCAGACAGUGAUAGAAGAUAUUUCAAAGACUCCUGCCUCUGAGGCUAUGGUUAACCCUAGUGAAGGAAGUUUAAUGUCUGAAAAUGCACACAAACCAAAGAAAAAAAAUGGACACUAUGUUGAAGUUACCUGUGAGAAUGGAGAGACUUAUUAUGCUAAUCAUGUGAUAUGUACAAUACCUCUUGGAGUGCUCAAAGACACCGCCAAGGAUCUCUUCCAGCCUUCAUUGCCUCAGUACAAAAUGGAAUCAAUAGAAAGACUGCUAUUUGGCACAGUUAAUAAAAUAUUUUUGGAAUAUGAAAGACCAUUUUUAAAUCCUGAUAUAACAGAAAUAAUGUUGUUAUGGGAGAGCCCAACAACACCUGAAGACAUUGCAGAUUCGUGGUACAAGAAGAUCUACUCAUUUAGCAAAGUAACGGAGACCUUGCUGCUGGGCUGGGUGUCAGGCAAGGAGGCUGAGUAUGUGGAGACAUUAACUAUGGAUCAAGUGGCUACCGCUUGCACAAAUAUUUUAAGGAAAUUUUUGAAUGAUCCCUUUGUACCAGAGCCGCAAAAAUGUGUAUGUACAAGUUGGAAGAAGCAGCCCUACACACGAGGCUCGUACACAGCUCUAGCUGUAGGCUCCAGCCAGACAGACAUUGAGAGUUUAGCACAGCCACUAUUCAGGAAUGUUCAUGAUAAAAAGCCCACGCUGGUGUUCGCGGGCGAGCACACGCACAGCAGCUACUACUCGACGGCGCACGGCGCCUACCUGUCGGGGCAGGCGGCGGCGCGGCGGCUGGCGGCGCCGGCGCCCGCGUCCCCGGCGCCCGCCGCGCUCGACGCCGCGCGCUCCGCCGACCUGGCCGCCUGGAUCGAGGGCAUCCAGCUCGCGUAGGUAACCGAUAACACGCUUCCACGUUUCAUUCAUAAAAUGACAAUUCCAUAAUUAUAUAAUUGGCAAUUUAGCGAAAAGACCCCGACCUCGAAUUGUCAAUAAAUUGACGCUUCUUUUAGGCGGAGACUCGAAUUCGCAAGAUUUUGAGGAUCCUUUUCUCUAAAUUGACGUUCGAUUGUUCCCGAGGAGACGGGUAAAUAUUAAAGACCGCUUAUCGAAAUUAAAUAUAAAGUUUUCUCGAUAGUUUUCGGAAUCUACGCUAGAUGGCGUCGUUUGUAGCGUAAACUAUUUCCGACCGUCUAGAUAAACUUUAAGUAAAGCACAAAUCUAGAAGGCCGUUUUCUGAAGUCUUUACCGUUUGGCCGUCUGCGAUAAUAUAAUGUUUUAUAUUUAUGCCUAGCAAUAGCAUUAUUGAACACUGUACAAAUCGAUGAAUUAGAUUUAAGAGGCUACAAUUGUCCGAGUUUUUGUGUAAAAACGAAUAAGCCGUGUUAAAAAAUUGGAAACAAAUUGUAAUAAAUGAAACAUAAAAGUUCACUUGUAUAUAUGAUACAAUGAAGUUACCUAUACAUAAAAAAAAACUCAUUUCAAAAUGUGCAGUCAGAGAGGUUGUAUAGGUAUAUACUAUAUACCUCCUAUUUAGUCAUAAAUUAUGUAGGAAUAAGUAGCAAACACAUCUUAAUAUAAUAUUAUUCUGUCUGUAAUACCCAUAAUAAUAAAAAAACUAGAGCCUUAUUUCAGAAUGUAAAUGUAAAGACUAGGUACACAUAUGUAUUGCGUAUCAUGCAAAAUGAAAUCUACCUAUCAUACCUAUGGAUUAUAUUUUAACCGAAUGUAUAUACUUAAUUACUUAUUUAUUUAUUUUACCCUUAGUAGGCUUCUACAAAAUUAAAUGUUUCCUUGUUUUCUUUGAAUACAAUUAUAUACCUACUCAUUAUCGGCUAUACUUGUAAUGUAUAAAAUAUUAUCCUAUUUAUUUUACCUACAUAAAUAAAAUAAAAGAAAUAUAUAUUGAAUUAUAGGAUAAAGUAGCCUGCUCUCUAUGUUAUGACUAUAUUUUAUCAGUCACGUAAGUCUGUUUUUACAUAUUUCUCACACUAUAGAAAUUCAGUUGCCUCUACACAUUUAGAGCGGCUUCGGAUGUACGAUCCGAAUCCGUGAAAGUGCAAUUCCCGUUUAGUUUGUACAUUUGGAUCACGUCUCCGAUUUGGAUAAAAAUAAGUAGG